AUGUCGUCAAGUAGUAAAGAAACUCAACAAGAUCUUACUGCUACAAUACAAAAACAAACACAACAAAAAUCUAGUGGAAGUUCACGUUCAGAAAAGUUGAACCAAAUUUUAGAGAAAUGUUUAUCAGAGACAAUUGACAAUUUCACUUACGAGAAAGUCUCUGGAUGUUUUCCAACUUUAGCUAAUAAUAAACCUAAAAGAUUAGAGGCUGCUCAUAAGCAAGUCACUACAUUCCUAAGAAAAGUUUCAGAGAAAGAAAUCAAUUCUAUCUUGGAGAAUCAUAAGGUUUUAAAGAAACUUGAUGAAUUAGAUGAAAUGAUCAAUGAAUCGAAAAAAUCGAAUAAUUCUUUUCCAUCCAAUGAUUAUAGAGAGAUAAUGACACCACAAUCUAGUAUCAGAGCAAAAACUUUACCGACGAAACAAGAAGAAUUGAGACGUUUAGAAAAUGAAUUUUUAAAGAUAAACAAUGAAAAUGUUUCAUUAUGUUUAGAAAUUGAAUCAAUCCAAGAACAAUCAGAAUCAAAAAUAAAUAGUCUGAAAAAUUUAAUUGAACCUUCCAAACAGAUGGAAAAAGGAAUGGAAAAACUCAUAAAUUUGAUUAUUAUACACGAUAAAUCUAUUACCUUAUAA